UUGAACUCACUCUGUGCAGGAGGAGCACAUCAGGCAAUGACUUUAAGAACAGCGCCACAUGACGAAGUGCCAAAUUUAACAGCAAAUUCCUUUCUGUGGAGUGGAACUGAAUAUAUGAAAAGGAUCUCUUUGCUUCAAUGUGUGUGACAGAGGAGUCUGGUGUUUUCCAUUGUCAAACACUUACCAGAUGACCAUCCUUGUGUCAACCCUGAUUCAGAGCAAAGCUAAGGUAGUUGCAGGUAAAGUGUCUGUGUGUACUUAUGUUCCUGAGCUUCCCUCUGACUAUGGCUGAGGUCCCUGGUCCAUGCAGACACUCCAUCACUAGGGAGCACCUGCUGACAGUCAGGCAUCUGAUGGAUAACCAGUUGAGAAGUGGGUGCACGAUAACCUACACAUUCAUAGAACGGAGAAGUUUGAGCAAAUGUUGCUUUGUAAAAGCUGCUUUACCCUGGAUCCUGGAGCUGCUCACCACCCACUUCAAAUAUAGUCGGGGCUCAGUCAAUGAUGGCUACGUUCAGUCCCUGAGGGCGCUCAUCCUCAACAUCUACUCUCAGAAAUGUGUGCCUCAGAUUAAUGAAGAAGUUGAGGAUAAGCCAGAGAGUUUCGAGAUGCACUACAGAGGGUCUACUUCAGAGGCGCUGCAGAGGGCUUCGGAGGUGCUGUCCGUUUACUGGGAACUGGUGACGAUGAGCGACGCGCCGGUAGACUGGAGAUGCCAGCACGAAUACACAGAAAUCUAUGGCUCUACCACAGAGCUGUACACAGAGUCGCCCGCACAGUAUUUUACAGACAGUUAUGGUAGGAGCUUGGUGAAGGCCUCGCAGAGAAGACCCGCCAAAGACCUGUACAUGCUCGGCUUCAUCGUCGUCUCCAUCUGCGGAGGACUGCUGCUCAUUCUCACUCUCUACUGUCUCAUAUCACAAAAGAUAACUCACAACCCUCACAGAUCAAGAUCGUAUACGAACUCAAGCAGAGACCGGCAGGACAUAGAUAUGGAGCCACAAUAAUGCAGUAAAGAGCCGUCGCUGAAGCAGCAGACAGAGCACUUGUGAAGCUGCACAUCUUACUCACCGUGAACAAGUUUCCAUAUCAGUAUUUUGUGUGUAAUGUAUCAUGCUCACCUUUUUAAUCAGAAGCUUGGCUUUGACUGGGCCUUAUUUGGAAUAAUAUGGUUUGUAUAUUAUGUUUAUGCGUUAUGUAUUGCAGAUAUCUUUUCACUAAACAAAAAGUUUUAUUUUUACACUAGUUAUAUAUAUGUUGAAUAAUGUGUGUGUCCAUUUGCUACCACUUAACCAACUGUUUGUAAUGUUGAUUGCCAAACAUUUCCACAAGUUAUUUAUUAGUUUGACUCUAUUCAAUCGCCGUAUUGAUAAUAAAGGUUUCAUCAGUACCAAAUACCAGCUUUCCAGUAUAUUCAUAUAUGAGCACACCGAAGUCUCCUGUAAAGAGCAGGUAAUGACCUCAUUAAAGGAUUUGGGCUACCUAAUUACCUACAGUA